UGACGCGGGCGCGGCAGUACGCGGGUGUACGCGAGCGCGACUGGUCGCCGCUUGACGCUAGGAGCGGCGCGGCCGCGGACUGUGAUGCGAGCGCGCCGCCCGCCAUGGCCACGCUCGGCCUCUCCAAGGUGUUCAUUCUCGACAAGUACUUCACCGAGCUGCAGCGGUUCUGGGAGACGGAGAAGAAGCUGCAAGACGCGUCUUCAUCAAACGAAGCGGUCCAUCUGCAGCGGCGGUUGCUGUGCUUGAGCUCGGACCUGGUGUCGCUGCGCAACCACCUGCUGGUUGGCGCGGGCGCGGGUGCAGGCGGGGGCGCGAGCGGGGGCGCGGGCGCGAGCGGCGCGGGGCAGCCGGCCGUGCCGCCGCGCGCCCCCCACCUGCUGCCGCCGGCGCCGCCGCCCGCGCAGCCCUCGCCACCCGCACCGCCUCCCGCGCCUCACCAUACGCUGCCGCCGCCGCCAGAGAGCCGCUGGCCGCUGGCCAAGCCGGCGGGGGGUGGCGGCUGGCCCGCUGGCGCUGAUGUCGAGGACCUCAUCCACCUGCGCGGUCCGCUCACCGAGGACGCCGUGGUUCGCGCGCUACAGGCUCGCUUCUACCACAACAAGUUCUACACGAUGAUUGGGCCUAUUCUGGUGGCCGUGAAUCCGUACACGGAUGCGUGUAACGCACUGACGCUGACGGCGGCGCGCGCGCACCGGCCCGAGCUGGCGCGGCUCGUGCACGACGCGGUGCGCCACCAGGCCGACAGCGGCUACCCGCAGGCUAUCAUACUCUCAGGUGUGUCCGGUUCAGGCAAGACGUACGCCUCCAUGGUGCUCCUACGGCGGCUGUUCGACGUAGCGGGAGGCGGGCCGGAGACCGACGCCUUCAAGCACCUGGCCGCCGCCUUCACCGUGCUGCGCGCACUCGGCACGGCCGCCACGCCCGCCAACACGCACUCCAGCAGGAUCGGUCACUUCAUCGAGGUGCAAGUGACUGAUGGCGCGCUCUACCGAACGAAGAUCCACUGCUAUUUCUUGGACCAGACCAGAGUGGUGCGCCCUCCUGCCGGCGAGCGCAAUUAUCAUAUAUUCUACCAGAUGCUCGCAGGGCUGACGCCGGACGAGCGAGCUCAGCUUCAUUUGGAAGGGUACUCAUCUCAAGAUCUCAGGUACCUGGCGUCCGCACACCACCGGAGACCUGAGCCUGAAGACGCAGCACGAUUCCAUGCGUGGAAGACUUGCCUCGUCAUACUCGGAAUACCGUUUUUAGAUGUUGUGCGCGUUCUCGCCGCAGUACUAUUGCUCGGCAACGUGCAAUUCGCGGAAGGCGGUGACGGCUCUGCCGAGCCAACCAGCGAAGCGGAGCUGGCCGCGGCGGCGGCGCUGCUGGGCGUGGCGGCGCCCGCUCUGCUGCGCGGCCUCGUGUCCCGCGCCGCGCCCCGCGCCCGCGCCGCGCCCGCGCGCGCCCCCGCCACCGCGCCCGCCGCCGCCGCCGCGCGCGACGCGCUGGCCAAGGCGCUGUACUGCCGCACGGUGGCCACCAUAGUGCGCCGCGCCAACUCCCUCAAGCGGCUCGGCUCCACUCUAGGCACGCUGUCGUCGGACUCCAACGAGUCUGUGCACAACCAAGACGCCGCGUCCAGACGCGCGUCGUCAGCGGGCGGCAGUGGCGGCGGAGGCGCUCGGGGCCGCGCCGGCGCUCGCUCCAUGGCGGCGCUCAACGACGCCGUUCGCCACGCCACCGACGGAUUCGUGGGCAUCCUGGACAUGUUCGGCUUCGAGGACGCGGCGCCCAGUCGGCUCGAGCAUCUGUGCGCCAACUUGUGCGCCGAGACGAUGCAGCACUUCUACAACACGCACGUGUUCAAGUCGUCGGCGGAGUCGUGUCGCGAGGAAGGCGUGUCAUGCGCCCUGGAGGUGGACUACGUGGACAACGUGCCGUGUAUCGACCUGGUGUCGUCGCUGCGCGGUGGGCUGUUGGCCGCUCUCGACGCCGAGUGCGCCGCUCGGGGCUCCCCCGAACACUACGUUACCAGGAUCAAGGCCGCGCAUAGAGGUCAUCCAAGGUUAGCGGAGGCCCGACCACCCCACCCGCGGCGGUUCGCCGUGCGUCACUACGCAGGCGAGGUAUCAUAUGACGCAGCCGACUUUCUGGAGGCCAAUCGCGAUGCUGUUCCAGACGAUUUGCUUGCUGCGUUCGACAAUAGAACAUGCGAGUUCGGAUUUGCUACUCACCUUUUCGGCGCAGAAUUGAAGGCUUUAGCAGCGCAAGGAGGACCGACGGGAGGUCAGUUCCGAGCGUCGCCCACGGUGGCGGCGGCGCUGGACGCGGCGGCGGCGUCCACGCUGACACAAGACUUCCACACGCGGCUGGACAACCUGCUGCGCACGCUGGUGCACGCGCGCCCGCACUUCGUGCGCUGCCUGCGCGCCAACGCCACUGAGACGCCCAUGCUGUUCGAGCGCGCUACCGUCGCGAGACAAGUGCGCGCGUUGCAAAUUUUAGAAACGACCCAACUGAUGGCCAGCGGAUACCCGCACCGCAUGCGGUUCCGCGCGUUCAGCGGGCGCUACCGCGCGCUUUGGCGGCGCGGCGCCGAGCGCGAGUCGGGCGCGGCCUGCGCCGGCGUGCUGCGGGCAGUGCAGGCCGCCGCCGCGCCGCCCGCGCCCGCUUCGCCCGCCGCCGUGCGCUGGGCGCUCGGCAAGCGACACGUCUUCCUCAGCGAGGGCAUGCGCCAGGUGUUAGAGCGCAUGAGGCGCGCACGGCGCCAGGCGGCCGCCGAGUGUAUCCAGGCAGCGUGGCGGCGGCACCGCGGGCGGCUGGCUCGCGCCGCGCCCGCGCUGGGCCCCGCGCGGCCUCGGCCCGCGCCCAUCGCCGGCACGCCGCCGCCCGACCCCGCCGACAAGUGCGACCCGGCGCUAGUGAAGCGCACCUGCUCUCUGUUCGGCCUCGAUCUGGAGCGGCCGCCGCCGCUGCCGCCGUCGCGCGCGUACACCGUGGCCGGCGGCGUGAAGCUCGGCUACCCGCAGCAGCGCACCGUGGGCGCGGAGUGGAGCGACGAGUCGGGCGCGCUGCGGCUGCGCGCGGGCGACACGGUGCUGGUGGUGGGCGCGGCGCGGCGCGGCCACGUGGCCGUGCAGGCGGCGGGCCGCACCGUCAGCGUGCCGCACGGCGUGCUGGCGCCCGCGCGCGCGCGCCCUCCCGCGCCGCCGCCGCCCGCGCCGCCCGCCAAGGCCUGACUGUACAUACUAGACUAGGCGUGUGGCCGCUGCCGGAGCUAGCCACCGCACACGGCGGCCAUACUGUUAUUUAUACAUCAACCCGAUACCUAUAUUAGUUUGCCCGACGGUAUUUAAUAUGCCAAUGUAAACAGAGUUGUGGGAGACGACGUUUCUGAGACUUCAAGGGUGCUAUCUGCUUUCCGUUCCUGUGCCAUAAAUACAGAAAAUGUUAUACAGGUUGUCCCGCGUCACCGAAUUCAUGAUUAGAUCCGGAUCGUUACAUAAAAAUAUUGAAAAAGCCUAGGUACAUAGGUAUUUCGAAUAUUGUAUUAAAUGUUAGAAUAUACCUAUUAACAUGUUCAUCCUACCUAUAGUAGUACCACUUCUAUUAUUCGCCUCGGGAAUAUUAGUUUACAGAAUGCGCAACCUAACACCGAAUAAAAGUGAAUAUCAGUAUCUUUCUACUUCUAUACUUCGAUACAGUUCGAAAGUCAUAGACUUUAUUGUUUUGUGUCGCUAUUUUUUUAAUUGUUCGGCUUGCGCUAUCUAAUUUCCACGUCAUUACAAAAGCAAUCCAACGCAUUAUUUCGCGGCAUAAAAUACAAAUGCACAGGUACACCCUGUAAUAUGAAAUAAUCUCAUAUGUGUGGUGCUACUAGAAGAAUAGAUUAAUAAGUAGUUUUCCGGUAGUUAGUAAAUGUAAUACAGACCAUGUGAAUAACUUGAUACAAAAUACAGCGAUGAAAAAGGGUAGAUGCGAAGCCUCCCCGUAUAAGCUAGGCACGAGCAGGUUGUCUCGGUGCUAGCCUACACUCUACAGUGUGCCUCUCUGUUACCAUGUGUCGUACUCGCCGGUCUGUACCGCUCUAGAGGCAGCUAUAACGUGUCAUAUGAGGAGUGUUGCCGGCCUCGGCCGCCAGCGGCAGCACUGUGUCGACCCGCGGGCAACGACCACCCGCGGGCUUGCCAACCAGAGUCUGAUUAAUAAAUUUAAUAUACUUAUUUGUAAUGUAAUGUAUUCAUUGUGACAAUUUCUAUCAAAUGUAUUAUGUUAGUAAAAGGUACAAAUAAAAUUAUAUUUUAAAA